ACCACCACUCUGAUUGGCCUGUUGAAGACAGCCCGACUUCUGCGAUUGGUGCGUGUUGCCCGGAAACUGGACCGUUACUCUGAGUACGGAGCUGCUGUGCUCAUAUUACUCAUGUGCAUCUUUGCACUCAUCGCUCACUGGCUAGCCUGCAUAUGGUACGCCAUUGGCAAUGUGGAGAAGCCUUACCUGGAGCACAACAUUGGUUGGCUCGACAAUCUUGGGGUUUCCAUUGGCAAGAGGUAUAACUACAGUGACCCUAGCUCUGGGCCCUCCAUCAAGGACAAAUACGUCACAGCACUUUACUUCACGUUCAGCAGUCUAACCAGUGUGGGCUUUGGGAAUGUCUCCCCAAAUACCAACUCAGAAAAGAUCUUCUCUAUCUGUGUCAUGCUGAUCGGCUGUGAGUCUGAUACUUCCUACUUUCUUUUACUUAGCUGCUCAGAAUGUUAGAAUGAACUAACAUUCACAUUGACAAGAUUCAUUGUACUAAUAGAUAGCACAAAGGACUGCUGACUUUUACUUUUGUCUGUGUGUUGUGUAGCCCUCAUGUAUGCCAGCAUCUUCGGUAACGUGUCAGCCAUCAUCCAGCGGCUAUACUCGGGCACGGCCAGGUACCACACCCAGAUGCUUCGGGUUCGAGAGUUCAUCCGCUUUCACCAGAUCCCCAACCCGCUAAAGCAGCGGCUGGAGGAGUACUUCCAACACUCCUGGACCUACACCAAUGGCAUCGACAUGAACACGGUAAGCAGCAAAACCUCAACUCAGCAUACCAACAUAGUUCAAUCCUCUUUCUUGCCAAUGUGAUCCUCAUGCAAAAUGUUUAAAAAAAAAACUUUUUUCAUUUCUGCUUUUCAAAUGGAAUAACAUCUACGCUGGUAAGAGCAGGAGGUACAUAUGUGAAAGUAUGAAUUGUAACCAUUUCCAUGUUAAGCUAAAUUGCUUUACAUUUUUGUUUAGCUUUCAAAUCAUAAUAUUUUGCUCUCAAAAUAUCUCAUAAUAGACAGUAGAUGACCAGCAACACGAUAAACCAUCAUCAUCAUCAUCAUCACUUUUCUUUUCAGUUUUUGAGUGAGGUAUUUGAGUUUCCAUACCAUCUCCUGUGUGCCAACAGCCCAACGCUGAGCUUCCACAUGCAUGGCAGAUUCUAAUUACCCAAGUGCUUUGAGCUGAGGCCAAGGGCAUAUGUCACAGAUUGGCUUUAUUUGUUUAUUUGGAUCCCCAUUAGCUUUUGCAGAAGCAACAGCUACUCUUCCUGGGCUCCACAAAAAACACCAAACAUAACAAGUAACAAAAUACUGCUAGACAAGGACUGUCACACAAAUACAACGAUACACAAACAAUACAAUUAAAAAUACUAAGAAGUGUGCAUGUGGCUGCAUGAGCUUGCUUGAAGGAUACAGUAGUGCCUUUUCCUUUUCAAGUACAGCGUACUGCAUAAAAACUUAGGACAACUUACUGUAUCUUUCGUUGUGAAAAAAGGUCCUAACGGCCUGUGUUUUUUAUAGUACAUUUGCAUCACUGAAACACUGUUGUGGGCCAAUAGAGGAAUAGUUUAGCCCAGAUUAAUUCCCGUGUAUUGUAGAGGUAAGUAUAUUCUGUUAUUGUUUUUGUCACAACCGGUAGCCUAUUUUAAAUUCCAGGAGAUGAAAACACCUUGAAACGCUAACCAUUUGAGAAGGGUGAUAAUAACAAUGAAAACAUACAUGUGAAAAACUGUUGCCUGACUCCUGAGGUGAAUCCAUGGUGGCUGCAUUCUAUAAUUGUUUAAUUUCUCUACAAAUACUGUAGGUGUUAAAAGGCUUCCCUGAGUGUCUGCAGGCAGAUAUCUGCCUCCACCUCAACCAGGCUCUGUUGGAGAGCUGCAAGGCCUUCCACGGAGCCACCAAGGGCUGCCUGAGAGCCCUGGCCAUGCGCUUCCAGACCACCCACGCUCCCCCAGGGGACACCCUGGUCCACAGCGGAGACGUCCUAACUGCACUUUACUUCCUGUCUCGGGGCUCCAUAGAAAUCCUGAAAGAUGACGUUGUGGUAGCCAUUCUGGGUAAAUGCAUGUGAACUAUAGAAACUGGUGUUUUUUCCUGGUCAUGUGGUCAGGGAAAAUGAAUGAUAUGUUAUUAUUAGGCAGGGCUCCAGACUGCGACCAUUUAGUCGCAUUUUGCGACCCUUUGACUUGGCUGUGAGAGUACAAUUCUUAACUGGUUGCAUCGGUGCGAGCUGCAAAAUCUAGCUACUCAUUCAAAACUUUCUGUUUUUUGGGUUGGCUAAAACUAUGAUUUGGUCAAACAGUAAAUUCUUACACUCAAACUAGUGUCUGCCCUGUCCCUGUUUCGCUGCCCCUGUGCUGUACCUGUUAUGAACUGUGAUGAGCGAGCCACACUCCCUCUCCCCACUGGGCGCUCUGAGUGGAUGGAGAGGAAAAAUGCGUUCUGAUUGCCAACAUUUCGAAAUGCAAUAGCAGGAAAAAUCUGUUUUUAACCGUUGAAGAGAGGAGGGCCUCAGCUUUCUGUACAUAUUACAUGUAUUCCUCAACUCUCAAUAUUGAGCAUUCUACCACUGUCUAACAACCAAAGUAAUUGGUAUGGCUUUGAGAUAUUGAUCGCUGGAAGCGCACGACUGCCAUUAGCGGCGAUUGCAUAGGCGGCCUAUAUAUACAUCAUUGGGUAGUAGCUAAAAAAUUUAUAAUUGGGUAGUAGCCUAUGCUACUACCCAUUCAAUUUACUGUUAGAUUAAUCAAUUACACGGCUAACGAGGAGUAUAUUAUAUUUAGCGAUCUAGUUAAUUAGUUGAGUUUCCACUUCCUCAGAUGGUGAAUAAUCCCCAAAUGAAUUAGUCUAUGUGAUGUUAGUACACAAAAGUAAAUUAGUCUAUUGAACAAAAAAAGUCUGAAAUUCUGGAGCCCUAUUUGGAUAUAGCAACAGUAACCUAAUUGUCAACCCAAAAUUCAUGACAAUCACUGGUUAAGGUUGCAUAUCAAAAUAAUGUAGCCAUGGUGGGGCAGGCAAGCGAACCCACAUCGCUGGCAUGAAAGGCAAACACCCUACACAUCGCGCCAAUAAGGUCAACUCACUUGGUGGGAAUUGUAAGGUGGCUCAUAUAGCAAGAAUCACUACACUGCCCCAUCCAAACGGGAAGGCAAGUUCCUGUGCUUUGAAUACUCAGCCCCCUCACACGUCCGGGCCGUGCCUUCCGAUGGCCUCAUGGCCGCCAUUUCACUUCUUACACCAAUGCAGCAAAAGGUGGGUCUGGAAAGCGAACCCCAGGUCGCUGGCAUGAAAGGUAAACACCGUACGCAUCGCGCCAAUAGGGUUAACCCACAUGGUGGGAAUUGUAACGUGGCUCAUAUAGCGAGGAUCACUACAAUAUCUUGAAUUAUGCAUUCCUGCUGCUUGGAUAUGUUAGAUCACAGGUGUCAAACUCAUUCCAUGGAGGGCCGAGUGCCUCCUGCUUUUUGUUAUUUGCUUUCAAUAUGUGUCCAAUUAAGACCUAGACAACCAGGUGAGGGGAGUUCCUAACUAAUCAGUGAACUUUAAUUGAUCGAUCAAGCACAAGGGGGGAGUGAAAACACGCAGCGCAGACUGAGUUUGACACCUGUGUGUUAGAUGAAACAACUUAUUUCUUGAAUCAUACUAUUUAAGUAGCACUUUGAAUGAUUUUAUCAUGGGCUGGUGCCACCAGGGGAAAGGUUAGUUUGGAGCCCUGUUAGGGCCAGGGGAGUUUUCUGACCAUGUGAUCUGAGCAGGAAAAACUCCAGGCUCUAUAUAUGCUGAUUGGAAGACAGCUAAUGCUGAUUGGUAGCUUUUUAAUGCAUGAUAAGACAGAUUGUUACUUACUGUCAGGGCAGUAAAGAAGAAAAAAAACUAAGUAGAGAACUGGGGUUAGUGAGGCUUUUUUAUAACAAUGGUUUCAGGAGCACCAACUCUUACAUGAGCAUUAAUAUUUAAAUUCCUUUUGUCUGUGUUUAUAGAUACAUGGUUGGACAUUUAAUUAAAGCUGUAAUUGCAUGUUUCCUGGAUGGGUUGAAUUGAAUUAUUGAUUUGAAUUAUUCCAUCCUGGCCAGUGUAGGGUUUCGUGCUCAUAUGAUAUUUGCCAGUGUGUAGAGCUAGAUGUCAACUCAGGCAGAGAUACACAGUGUCACCUCCCAGAGGAAAGAUGGCUGGUUAUUUAAACACUGAUCCACUGCAGCAGACCUGCAGUGGGAGUUCUCUUGUCUAAAUCUGACAACUGACUGCAACAAUGUGUUCUGUCUAGCCUAUCCGAAUCUUAACAUGCUCCUCGUAAGCGUGAAAACCUGAAUGUAUUUUAUACUAGUUGUCUUAUCUGGGUAUGAUUUUCCUUAGCACACAUUUAAACAAGAAUAGUGACUAGAGAAGUUAGAUAAGCUUCCAUUCCUAAGGUCUUGUCUUAUUUUUUAUUUUACUUUAUUUAACCUUUUAUUUUAACAGCGAAGACAUAUUGAGACCUAUGUCUCUUUUACAAAUGUGCUCUGUAUAUGUAGGUACAGUGUUAUUGCAUUAGGAUUGAUCAUCUGACAGAAUGGAGGCUCUGACAUUUAUAUUAAGUGGCUCCGUGUGAGACUGUUUGGCAACUUCAAAGAGCAAAGUGAAACAGCUGUCAUUGCAUAGCACCCCUGCUCUUUUAAUAGCUGCAAAAGUGAGGGAACACAACGGAGGCAUAUAGGCAGAGGCAUAAGAAAAAAUAAAAGGAGAUGUUAUCUUCUGUUAUCUGAUUGUCAACAGUUCUUAGCAGUAUUGUCUUAUAGGUAUAGUGUUUCAUCUAUAUGCAUUUAUCAGCGGCGCACCGCUACUGCUAAAUCGUGGCCACCCCUGCAAAAAUAAAAUAUUACAUAUUUGUGAUGGUAAAACGUUUGUGUAAACUUAACCAACUAUAACCAGAUAUAAAGUAUUUAGAAAAUAUAAUGGAGCAAUAUAUUUUUUAAUGAGACCAUCUUUGAGAACCAACAAUCACCAAAAUAAAAACUAAACAGUCAGGGAGAAUCUAAAAUUACUAAAAUGUCAUGGCAUGGGGCCCCCAUCGAUUUUGUUAUAAUGUUUGAGUCACACAGAUAGCAUAAGAACACAGCAUAAGCCAUGGCAAAAUGUGCAGAAUUGCAGGAAAUGAACUUCCGCUGCUGAAUAAAAUCCUAGUGGAAGCACUGAGGUAAUAUUGGUUAGUGGUUAUUAAAAUGGCCUACACAUGAGAGUAAUAAGGAGUGGUUUUCCAUACAGUAAUAUCACACCUGGAACCCACUGACUACCAGGUUUUGCAGGCUAAGCCUAGAUUAAAUUGAGCAUCUUUCAUCACAUGAAAGACCUGACAUAAUAAGGUCAGAACCAGGCCAAAGCUGCUGUGUAAUACAAAACCAAUAAUAUGAAUUACACUGGAAGAUGCAUAUAUCAUAGAUCCGCAUAUUUGGAAACAAUACAUUGAUAUAUCACAACAACCUUCCAAAAGCCAAUUAAAUUAAUUCUGCCACUAGAGCAUAUCUGCCCAGGGAACACUUUUAAGAAAGUAAAACUGCAAUGAGCCACAGGGAAAUCAAUUUGUAUGUAUAACAUAUGCUUUUGAGAACCAAAAACCUCCAAAAUGACGAUUGUUUGUAUGCUAAUAUUCCAUUGUAGGCUUUUGUUCUAUUGUAACCCUGGUACAAAGCCCUGGUGUGAAAGCUAUGCGUAGGCUUCCAUGUUAGAGGUGUCUGGUCCCUGCUGAGGUGGAACACUAAGGCUGCAGACCACUCCUCAUAAGUCACUUAAAGCCACACAGCAGUGCAACCUAUUACAUCUCAUUCACACAAAAUGCUGCACAGGGGUUGACAUUUGUUAAGAAUUGGCACCACUGAAAGGUCUCUUAAGAUGCCCUUUAAGGCCAGGCACCACACCCUAAUAGGGUAUUUUUUUCCCUUAAUCCUAUCACAAUCAACUUUUACCAGUUGAAUGUGGACACAAAUCAAAUAUAUUUUUUAAUGUGUUCAUUAUACCAUAUCUCAUUAAAUAUUUGCAUAUCAUGCAAAUAAUUUUCUGGGACACUGGAUGAAGUCAGCCUAAAUAUUUUGGUUUACUUUUGUUAAGAUACUCCAGGACCGGACUUACACAUAGCCAAAUUGUGGAUACAUAUUUUUUUCAUCUUUCUAUCUGUAAAAUACUAAAGAAAGGUACUUAAAAUGCAAUUUUGGUGCCUAAUUUUUUUUUUUUAAUGUCAUCUAGAAUAUACAUUUGAAAACAUAUCAACAAUUCCCUAUGCAUAAGUCUGGAUAAUAUGUCUAAGGAUAACCACACACAUUUUGGUGAAUGCAGAUGCUUCUGAGGUUGAGAAAAAUGAGUUGGCAUGUGACAAGAGUCUGACUUUCGGGAAAUGGCAGUUAAAGACAAGGACACUGAAUUUAGACUACCAAACGUAAAUUACUACAUAUAGUCCAGUUUGUAACAUUCUCUAUGAAAUGGCCUUUUAAAUUAUUUGUGAUUCAAUGUAGUGAGCUUUGAAAUUAUGGAUGUAUGUCCAUUUAAAAAAGUGUUUACAUUAUGACAUUUUGAUGACGGUAGUAUGAUAAACUAACAAAAAUAUACAACAGACUGACGGACAGAAUAGGCACUCUACUUUCAUAUCCUCAAAAGGCAAACCCAGGCAGGCCAUCCUCCUCUGCAUCAGUCCAAUCCAUUAGUCUGCACACAGACAGACACAGAGCAAUUCUCCUAAUUUUCUGAGAUUAUAUGAUCAUCCUUUAUUCACUUAGACUCAUACCAGCUCUCCUGUCUGGUGUAUUCUCCUGAUAAUUCUCUCUAAGAAGAACCUCAUCUACAAUCUCUCUCUCUCUCUCUCUCUCUCUCUCUGUCUCUACUCACCAGGAAAGAAUGACAUCUUUGGAGAAAUGAUCCAUCUGUACGCCAAGCCUGGGAAGUCCAAUGCGGACGUCAGAGCCCUGAGUUACUGUGACCUACAUACCAUACAGAGAGAUGAUCUCUUAGAGGUGCUUGACAUGUACCCUGAGUUUGCAGAUUUCUUCCUGACAAAUCUGGAGCUGACGUUCAACCUCAGAGACGAGAAUGGCAAGGUACAUCUACACUGAACAAAAACAUAAACGCAACAUGCAACAAUUUCAAAGAUUUUACUGAGUAACGGUUCAUAUAAGGACAUCAGUCAAUUGAAAUACAUUAACUAGGCCCUAAUCUAUGGAUUUCACAUGACUGGGAACACAGACAUGCGUCUGUUGGUCACAGAGACCUUAAAAAAAGGUAGGAGCGUGGAUCAGAAAACCAGUCAGUAUCUGGUGUGACCACCAUUUGCCUCAUGCAGGGCGACAUCUCCUUCGCAUAGAGUUGAUCAGGUUGUUGAUUGUGGCCUGUGGAAUGUCCCAAUCCUCUUCAAUGGCUGUGCGAAGUUGCUAAUUAUUGGCGGAACUGGAACACGCCAUUGAUCCAGAGCAUCCCAAACAGGCUCAAUGGAUGACAUGUCUGGUGAGUAUGCAGGCCAUGGAAGAACUGGGAACUGACAUUUUCAGCUUCCAGGAAUUGGGUACAUGCCGUGCAUUAUCAUGCUGAAACAUGAGGUGAUGGGGGCAGAUGAGUGGCACGACAAUGGGCCUCAGGAUCUCAUCACGGUAUCUCUGUGCAUUCAAAUUGCCAUUGAUAAAAUGCAAUUGUUUUCAUUGUCCGUAGCUUAUGCCUGCCCAUACCAUAAUCCCAUGCCAACAUGAGGCACUCUGUUCACAACGUUGACAUCAGCAAACCGCACGCCCACACGACGCCAUACACGCCAUCUGCCCGGUACAGUUUAAACCGGGAUUCAUCCAUGAAGAGCACACUUCUCCGGCGUGCCAGUGGCCAUCGAAGGUUAGCAUUUGCCCAUUGAAGUCAGUUAUGACGCUGAACUGCAGUCAGGUCAAAACCCUGGUGAGGACAAUGAGCACGCAGAUGAGCUUCCCUGAGACGGUUUCUGACAGUUUGUGCAGAAAUUCUUUGGUUGCGCAAAAAACCACAGUUUCAUCAGCUGUCCGGGUGGCUCUGCAGGUGAAGAACAUACUGCCAAAUUCUCUAAAACAACGUUGAGGCAGCUUAUGGUAGAGAAAUAAACAUUACAUUCUCUGGCAAUAGCUGUGGUGGACAUUCCUUCAGUCAGCAUGCCAAUUACACGCUCCUUCAAAACUUGAGACAUCUGUGGCAUUGUGGUGUGUGACAAAACUGCACAUUUUAGAGUGGCCUUUUAUUGUCCCCAGCACAAGGUGCACCUGUGUAAUGAUCAUACUGUUUAAUCGUCUUCUUGAUAUGCCACACCUGUCAGGUGGAUGGAUUAUCUUGGCAAAGGAGAAAUGUUCACUAACAGGGAUGUAAACAAAUUUGUGUACACAAUUUGAGAGAAAUAAGCUUUUUGUGCGUAUGGAAAAUGUCUGGGAUCUUUUAUUUCAGCUCAAGAAACAUGGGACCAACACUUUAUGUUGCGUUUAUAUUUGUGUAUGUCAGACAAUGCACAUGGUCAUAACACUAGCCUGUUGGGUCCUCUGUCGAAACUGUAUGGUCAAUAAACACAGUAUUCUGUAGCAUAUUCUGACAAUGAAAUAGUCCUGACUAUAACAAAAAAAUAUAAGAUUUGCCAUAUGAGAUUGUGUAAGACAAAAUGUUAUAUAAUCAGUAAUAGCAUUUCAAAAGUGCACUCCCUGUAUUCUUAAGUAUUUCUUAACUAUGUGUUCGGAAAGGUCAUUGCAUGACGUUGUUAAUUAUGCGUUAUGACAUGUUAUGUUAAUGUAUAUGUUGAGGGUAUAUGACUACAUUGACAUUACUUAGUAUUAAUUUACUAUGCUCACGGCCACCGCUAUUAAAUAGAGAUGUUACAUUGUGGCUUUAAUUAGAUGUUGCUGUAGCAAAUGAUGUAAUAUUUAUGAUAUGAUAUUACAUUAGCCAGGUGGGCCUAGUUUCAGUGAUUGUAUGUUCUGAUGUUUCCAUCGUUGCAGGCCGCGUAUUCUCACGCUAGUGACUCAGAUCCAGAGGAAGACGUUAAGAGCACAAAGAUCACAAGAAGGAUCUCCUUCACACCACAUCCAACUAAAGGCGAGUUCUGUAUCCAUACUUUGCACGAGCGCUUCCUCUUGUCAUUUUUCACUGAGCAGCUCUCUCAGUCCCAGAGGAGUUCAGUGCUUUCUCUCUGUAACACUAGAGCACGGUGUGUUCCACUGCCUCGUCUUGAUUACAAUUCCACAGGGGGAAGCAACAAGGAAACAGAAAAUGAAUCCGGGAGGGAGAGGGAGUCCUACUCGUGCCUAAAGAGAACUUCAGUUGACCUGAAACACUCAGGGAAGGAGGAGCAGAGGUCCAUGGGGUCGGCCAUCCAGGGUUGUCCCUCGGUGGAAGACCUUGCACUGGGGCUCGAGUCCAAUCCCCCUGGAGACAUCAUGGAGAAAACUCCCUCUUAUGAUGAUAACAUUGGUGAGCAGCAAUACAAUCAUAACCCUUUCUGUGCUCACACAUUAAUACCCAAGUCAAUUAUUAGAGCACGGGAACUAAAUGUCCCCACAUUAAUCAUCAGAUGUUUCUACUCAUACUACUUUCUAAAAUGAUCUACAGUUCAUUAGUGGAUUUCAAAUGAGCUAUACGGUACGGGCUGUACGGUCUCUGGACCACGUGCUGUUAAGGUCAUUGAUUGGGCCACUGUGUUCUAAGAGCGAUGACUUUAUAUCAGUGGGGAAAUGGCCACCGUUGUAAACAUCCCUUUUAAGAGGAUCAUAGAACAUCAUCCAUUUAUCCCCCAUCAGUGUCUUGUCACAGGCAUACUGUUAAGAUAGGCCUCUGACUUGGUCAUUGACUCAGCUACAUGGUGACGAAAAGUACCACGUACUGUACAGCCAAAAACACCCCAAGAUGUCAGUGGGUGUGUCCAAGACGAAGUAUCCAGAAACAGUAAGACAGUAAAUGCACCUGUGUAGGAGGCUAGGAGCGAAGACACAAAGACAAUAUAGGCCUAUCAAUCAAAUCCCACCCCAGUGUAAAUCCCUGAGUAAAGCCAUGUGCAUGGAGCUGAAAUGAGUACCAAGACGAGUCUCAGUGGAGCAGCUUCUUUCACCAGCUUAAGUCACAGGCAGCAUUUUUUAGAGGCUUUAGGAAAAGCUGCUGCACUGCUUUCGCACAGAUGCGCGCCCUCCAAAUGUGCACGGUACGUCCAAGUUAGUUCUCGUCCCAGAAUUGUAAUACCUUAUAGGAAAUAGGCCUACAGCAUUCCCUGAGGUGGCUGUAUAUGACUGUCUGUAGGAGAACAGCAAUUGAUUUCCAUGCUCUGAUGGAGAAAAUCAAUGUUAUCCACACGUCUUUACAAGACACACACAGUGUGUCGCUGACUAAGUCAUACGUGGAAUUCGCAAUGAUUACUAUUCCAAUAGGCUCACAUUGUUCUAUGAAUGGCCUAAUGUUUACAGUAGAGACCACAGAAAGAGGAAUGUGUAUUUCAGUCUGGGCAUCCCAAAGGCUCCUGCUACAACAGAUAAACGUGAUUAAAGUUUAUUAUCAGCCUGUCAGUUGUUUCAAAUCAUAAAAGAGCUGCUCUUACCCACACCAGCAUUAAUCAGUGUACACAGCACGUAUUAGCAGUGUGUUUAGCAGAGAUAACACCAGAGUUAGCCCGAAUGUCCCACCACGACAUAGAAAACCAUUGUCUCCUGAAACACUAGCUAGGCUAAUAAAUUACAAACACAAGGAACAACACACAACAGCUUUUCACCCAAAGAUGAAUAGAAUAGUGUUCUAUUUUCAAUGGUUGGUUGGUUUAGUGAUUACCAGGCACCUGUGCUCUGACCCACAUGUGAGCUUGUAAAGGAUGCGUGUUUCCCUCCCUUGCCAGAUCUGUGCAAUGACAAAUGGGCCUGCGAGAAGCCCCGAGACUACCUGGAUGAGUCAGCACAAUUGCAGGACCUGAGGGGCGAGGACGACGAUGCCAGUGAAAUCACAUACGGAGAGGUGGAGCAACGCUUAGAUCAGCUCCAAGAGCACUUGAACAGGUAGGCCUACUGUACUGCACACCUUUGGACAUCUCUGACCUCUACAAUGUAAUGUCAAACAUUCAUGAAAAUCUAGUUUCACUCCAGCUAUAAAGACCAAUAAAAAGAUGUGCGAGCCAGAAGGGAGGCGAAAAAUGACAGCACGCACUCUCCAGAGAUAUUAAUUAAAUUUGAUAACAUCCAGUGAUGGAACUUAAAGGAAAAUACCACCCAAAUGCUAGCUUUUUGUAUUUGUAAAACGCAUCAUACUGUGCCACUUUCUGUAUUUUGAAAGUUCUAUAUCUUGAAAACUUGAUUGCUGACAUGCAAAACAUAUUGGGACUGUAUCAACAGUGCACUAAUGAAACAAAUACCAAAAUAUAGUUUGAGUGGAAUUUUCCUUUAAGUAUUUUGGGCACUAGUAGACCGCAUUUCCUACUAGCCUGGUCUGAAAAGUAGUCUGGUCUGAAAUCUGCUAUGCGAUAAUGGAAAAGACAACAUUUGAUCUGGAUCUCGGGCUAGUUUGGCACAUUUCCUACCAGCCUGGUUUGAAAAGUACUAGCCUCGGGCUAGCGGGCUAGCUUAAUUUCCAUCCCUGUGAACAUUACAUGUAACUGGGCUACUUGUUCCAUGUGCAUUAAUACAGUACAUUUGAAUAACCUUUAUAUCCUGAGGCAGACAAACAGGUUGAAAGGAGAGAUAACACACCUGCAGCCAGCAGGCUGCCAAGAGCAGACAGACAAACAGCAGGUGGUACAGUAUUUUUAGCAGGAAUUAUCACAGAAUAGGAGACAUCACAUUGGAGGGCUCCUGCAUCUGUGUGGCCCAUUUUUCUGUCUCCAAAAAGACACAUUAUCCAGUGCACUCUUUCUGACCCUGAGUUUUACUCAACUGUUAGCAGCUACCGUUUGUGUGGUUUUUAGCAACAUGUCUCCGCCAUUUAGGCUCUAUUUCAGCGGUAACCUAACGACCAUCGUUCAUUGGGGGAGAGAAGCGCUAAAAUAAUUGCUAAUUGCUUGUCUCCUCAACACAGCUAUUAUAUUACACUAAACAAAACAAGGUUGUCUAUUAUUUGAAUGGCAGAGAAUCCAUCUUGUUACUUUGUAUUUCCCUUAUGUGUCAAGAAUGACGGCCUGCUGAACAAAUGAUGAAGGCAUUUUACUAAGCAUGUGCAUAAUGGCACUAUUUCUGAUUGGCGGAUGGCUGCUAAGGGCAAUUAAAACGAUUAAUCAGCAUCAACACAGAUAAUGCUCUAUAUAUAGCAGCUGGAGGAUAUCCCAUCCAUUAUGACUACCGGUAAUGUGUAAGUGUGAGGUAGCUAGACAUUAUUACCCCACCCUUAUUGAAUAUUCAUUAUGACUCCUAGAGAGAGAAUCGGUAGUACUAUUAGAGAGAGAGACGAUAGAACAUGUUCCCAAGCCUUUUGAUUUAAUUGACAACCGUGAUGAUACUGUAAUGUCAACAUAGAUCACAAGCGCCCCCUAGUGCUAGAAUUUGACACAUACAACGACUGUACAAUAAAAACAAAACAACGAUAGCCUAGAGACAGUAUGGUUGUUGAUUUGUGUUGAACUUAUCUUCCAUUAGCCUCCAGUCCCUAUAACCAAGAGUAGCCGUUCAUUUUCUGCCUUCUGUUUUUGUAGGCUGGAGUCCCAGAUGACAUCAGAUAUUCAGACCAUCCUGCAGCUCCUGCAGAAGCAGUCUACCCUGGGACCUCCUGCCUACAGCACUGUGACUGCUAGUCCAGACUAUCAAAGGCCAGCUGUUAGGGUCCAGCCAAUUGCUGCUUUGACCAGCAGCCAUUGCUUCAGCCAUUCAUCAUCACAAGUACGUACUGAACUGUUGAUUUCCACAGAACAAACAGACAAUGGAAAUCAAGGACUAAGACUUUUUAAACAUGGAAUGGAUAUCAUAUUUGAAAAGUGAUGACCGACUCCAAGGGUUCUAAGGUACUUUCUAAUGGUCAAAGCACACACUUACGUUGAAAUGUGUGUGUGUGUGUUUGCUGUUAUUUAUUUUACGUUAUCAGAGUCCUGAACUGAACUUGGAGAGGAGCCAUCAGGAAUCCAAAGACUUGCUGUCAGGCUUGGCUUACAUGGAUGAUUCACCCAUAGAGGACAGCCUUACGGUACUGCUUGUACAAAGACACACACAGAACAAACCCGCAGGACAUCAACAUUCCAAAUCUCUCUUUCUUCCUAUUGAGGACUCCUCUCCACUAUCAGACUCAUCAUCUCCCAACACAGGACUCCAUAGGCCAGUCUCAGACCCAGGACCUCCAAGGCCAUAGAGCAAGAUCUCUUAUUUUCUGUUUGCCUGUCUUCUCUGAAGUGUGACUCAGGGUUUCACUCACUAUUUAUUGCAUUGCAAUAUGUGAAGUAUCUUGUAGUUUUCCUCCUGAAAUGAUUUGCAUUAUUAAUGAUGUACAUGCACACCCUUGAUGUUACACUGCCAGCAACAAAGACACCAUACAUGCUUGUCCAGGUAGAUAGGCUGUGAAUGACAGAUUGUUUUCGUUGCAUGGUAGCUUUGAUUCAGACCUCUGACAGACAAGUGUGAUGUUGGUAGGUUUACAAGGCAGUACAUUUAUUUUCACCUUAGUAUGUAAAUUCUUUUGCACUGCUUAUUUGAACCAAAAGUAGCAUAUAAUAUACUGUAUGAUAACGGCAUUGUCCAUAUACUUCAGACUUUGUUUUAGAUUACAGUUUCUUUUACUAAAUGGUUAUGCAUACAUAGUAUUACAUGUUAUGUAACACAUGCAGAGAUAUAAUGUUAGCUUAUCAAUAGGCCCAGGAAAUAUAGAUGGGGUAUUGUGCCUAUAACUAAAUCCAAAACUCAAAUCAGUAUCUUUAUGUAGCCUCACACUGCUCAUUCUCAACAUCAACUAAAUCACAUUGUUUUCCAAUGUAUUCUGCUCUCAUAGUAAUUGCACAUUAAUAACAUCUUAUAGGAAAGACAUGUACAAAUAUGUACAUUCAUUUUAUUUAUUAAGGAAUACAUUAUUAAAUGAUGGGGUGCAAUUGAAAUUUUAGUGGUAGCAUAUGUUUGUCCUGAAUAUGGGAGCAAUACAAUUAAACAAAAACAUUUACUUUUGAAGAACUUCCAAUUGGCUGACCUUUUUUCUAAAGAUUUUGUCCACCAUACCUUUUUGUGGAGAAAUGUAUUUUGCACUAAAAGCUGCUUGAAUAAUCAGCAAUGCAAUUAUUUUGUCUCAUGCAUGCAUUUAGCAUCCAUUAUCAAUGUUGUACUAUAAUAUUUACAACAUAUGGGAUUACAAAUGCCCUUGCUUUCUCUUCAAUAUAAAGUUAUGAAGACAAAACAGUAUACCUGCAUGUCCAAAGCACUAAAACAUUCAAGCGGUGGAAGGAUUUAAGUUCCAUGAUUACUGUAUAAUAAUUAUAGAAUGAGUGUGUCACAUUAGUCCAUUCCCAAAUAAGGACACAUACACCAGAGUAGCAGGCAGUAAACAUAUGAUCACAAUAUUCCAACUAAUGAAUUUGUUUAUUAUUAUAUGGAUUAUGUCAUCUGUCAGCUGUCACCUAUAUGAACAUUCCCUAAAAUGAGUAGCCUAGGUAUUGUAUGGAAAGUAAAUACAUGGUAAAGUCCUUAGUAAGCUUUUGUGUAAAUUGGCCUGAUUCACACAAACUAGGCGGAUAGAGUAACAUUAAUUAGUUGGUCUAGUUUUUCACUUAUGUUUUUGAUGCAUUUUCAGUGUUUGACACUUUCUACACCCCACUACAAAUAAUUGGAAUGUUUCUGCUCUGAAGUGAUUACAGAUACAACGUAUAGAGUACAAUUGAUUUAGCUAAUUACCUUGC